UUGUAAACAAAAGCUAUACUUAUUUCACGGUGACAACAACCAUUGAACGCACUGAACCGGCAUUCAAAACCAUAGAGUAAAGUAAUAGUUUUAAUUUCCCGCGUCAGUAGAGUGCGCGCGCGCAGGACUAGCGGUGCUCAGAGCUGUGGAGCGGUUCAAGAUGAAGGCCGCAGCGUCGUUCGGCGAACGAUGGGCGCGCGAGCAUCUGACGCGACCAAUCACAGACGAGGAGCUGGUGAUCCUCGACCUGUUCCCCUCCACCUGCGGGGGCGACGCGGGGGAGGCGGGGCGGCGGGCACGGAGGUACUACCAGGCGCGCGGGCCGGCCGGCCUGGCUGAACUCUGGCAUAAUAGGUGCCCUGAUGAUGAGGAGAUCCUGUCCAGCUGUCAGGACGCAUACAUAGUGCCACUCAAAGCCCGGAGUGUGGGAGGAAGACGCAUCACUAUUGUCCGCAUGCCAGCGCCUACCGCUUUGGAUAGACCACUUUCCGCUAAGGCGUUGUUGGCCCGCUGGCUUAUGAUCUUAGACAUAAGAUUGCGAGAGGACCCGACUCCUGGCGAGGAGGUGGUGUUCAUCGACGUGUGCGACCUGCAGCCCGCGCACCUCAAGAACCACUUCCGAGGCACCUACUGGAAGGACUUCCACCAGCUCAUGAAGAACACCUACCCGCUCCGCUUCGCCUCAGUCCACGUGAUCAACACGCACCGGCUGAAGACCAUGUCUCUCCUCCUCCUCCACAUCGGGCUCUACCCGUGGCGCCGCACCGUGGUCCAGAAGCACGCUGACGGAGACCAGAUCAACCACGUGAUGGGACUGGACCACUUUCCGGAGGAAGGCCUGCCCUACGAGUAUGGGGGGAAGGCUGGGUCCAUGAAGGAUCUUAAUGACGAAUGGACAAAAAAGCUGCUCACAAACUCAAAAUGGCUCCACACGGAGGAAAGGAAAUACUACCACACGGAACUAAAACCGGAAGUGAAAACACGGACGCGGCACAAAAGUGCAGUCAGAAACCUGCGCAGUAGCAUCGGAUCCUACAACAUGAUUACCAGAACACACUCGUGUAGGUCUCUUCAUGCUCAUGAUGACCUGGAUGAGGGACUGUAUGGAGCCUAUAGGACACUGAAGAUCAGUUAUGAUAGGGACUUUUAUGUGUGAUUCGGUUGUGGUGACUGGCAUGAUUUUGUAGCAUUGUGUUCAAUUCAAAGCAGUUCUGUUUUGGACACGAGCGUCCUCCAUGUCUGAAACCAUCGUUUUUCAGGCGUAUUGGAGAUCGGUUGAUGGCCAUCAGAGGUUUAGGUGGAGUGGUGGACUGCUGUGGUGUGCCUCCCUGAGUGUAUGGGAUUGGGCUAUUGAAAAUAUAAGCAAUGGAGAGUUUUUCUGUAAAUACAUUUCAUACAUUUCUUUUAAACAAAAGUUAAGGAUAUUUUUAAUAAAAUCGAUUUGCCUAAGUACAUAAUAAUAACAAUAAACAUCUUGUAAAAAGGCCUGCCUAAAAACUAUAUAAAACUAAUCACCACUAAGUACCUACCGAAGUAAAUUGAAGAUAUGAGCCAGAUCGCCACCGUCACUAGGGAAGGUUCCCAAAAGGCCGGCUGCGUUCCUCUCUGUAAUAUGAUAUAAUAAUAAAAAUAAUAGGUAAUG